ACUAACUAGUAAUCUGUGAUUUAACAUUUGUUCGUUUUGUAAACUAAGAAUUUAAAAUUUAUUUAGAAAUUCAUAUAAUAUGCAUUAUAUCUGACUCUUCUCAACUUAAAGGUAUUGACUUCAUUUUCGAAAUCGAGAGAAUAAAUGAAUAAAAAAAGGGCAAGAUUGGUGGAAAGUCCAGAGAUAAUUACGCAGCAAAGAAUUAGACAAUUCUAAUUGGUAUCAGAGAAAAACUUCAGUUGAAAAAUGAAAUUCAAGUCUCCAUAGACAAUCUACUUCCUUUCAAAACAAUUGAAAUGCAAUGAUAUGCUAUAGACCUAAUAUCCAUGGUCAUCGCGCUAAAGAGAUGGCUGGUUUAUGCACCAUUCCUAAGGACUAAGGGAAAGAAUUGUGAAUACCUGCUCUACAAAUUUUGCUACUUACGAACGCAGUGGAUUUUUAUUUUGAAAGAAUAUACUGAGAAGAAGAGACUUUUUUAGUGGAAUUUUGCUACUAGAAUUAUUUUGUGGGAAAGAAAGGCUGUUAAAUAUUUUGAGCAUCCAUCAUGCCUCAAAGUUGCUCAGCAUAUAACUGCACAGUUAAAAGAAAGAAAGGGGAGAAUAUAACAUUACACUCUUUUCCGAAUCAAGGCACAUUGAGAGAUGAAUGGAUAUCGGCUUUGAGAAGAGCCAAUUUUGUUCCUACUCAAUAUUCAAGGAUAUGCAGCAAUCAUUUUCAAGAAAAUGAUUAUGUAACCAAUAUACAAGGAAACAGAGUUUUAAAGAAAAAUGCUGUUCCAUCUAAAUUUUGCUUUGAAAAUUACCUGUCAAAGUUCAAAGUGAUGAAAAGGGAAGAAUCCUCAGACACAAACGUUCCAUCAUCUCAAGAAGAAAAUCAACCCAAUUCAGAAUCCCUAUCACCCAUAAGAACAAUGGAACAUGGUAGUAAUAUCAGAAAAAGAAAAAGAUCAGUACCUGUAUACGUGAAUGAUUUUGUGGAAGCUGAUCUGGAAAACCCUGUUAAGCGACACCAAUAUUGGAAUAUUUCCCAAUCUGCCAUUUCUAAAUUGAGGAAAACCAAUAAAAAAUAUGCUACCAUGGUUUGCAAGUACAAGAAAAAAAUAAAUACUCUGAAAGAUCUUCUGGAUGAUUUAAAAAAAAGAAUUCAUAUUUCUUCUGAAUCAUCGAUAGUACUAGAGGUAAUCACUGAUGAUUUAGUCUCUGAGGACACUUAUUAUUAAAGUUAUGUCUAUGCAUGCACAUUGAAAUGAUUUGAAUAAAAUUUUGAAUGAGAACAUAAAA